AUGCCUGAAUUAAACAAGCAUAUUCGAGAAAGAAGACGACCUCAGGAAUAUAUAAGCACCGAUAAUUCUGAAAAUAAUGAAAUGUUUGGUUUAGACAACCAGAUUAGAGAACAUCAGGAAAAUUUAGAUGGAAAUGAUGAAAUAAAAAUAAGAAAUUUGAAAAAGAUCUUGGAUAAUAUCGUAACAUACCGUCGCGUUGCCAACAUAUUGGAGACAAGUCCAGCAUUUAAAUCACACUCUCAUAUAUCCGAGGAAUUACGAUAUUUUUCUGAUAGAUUAUUGGACGCGAGUUUAAAUUUAAACAACUUAUACUAUAAAGGGAUACGUUUAUUUACAACGUUCGACGAAGUAAUUAUUACAAUGAUGAAUCGAAUUCUUUUGGAUUCAUCUUUUAAGAGAGAUGAUAAAAAAUAUUUAUAUGAUAAGAUAACCUACUUAAAAAUCGAAUUUCAAAAUUUUCAACCAUUAUUUAAACCGACAAACUCUUCCAUGAAUUUGGUAGAACGCCAUAGGAAUAAACUUGAAGCUUCCCUUUUUAAUGGAUUAAGAGAUGCGGAAAAGUUCGUUUUAAAAAAUGAUUUUGGAUAUCCGUCGGUAAAUGUACUUGAUUCAAUCAAUGGCAGGGAAGAUGUUCGAUCUGUUAAGAAGGUUUUAUCUCAUUUAAAUGAUACUGCCUUUUACUUGUAUAAGCUGAAACAAAUGUUGAUGAUUUACGAAGAAUAUUUGUUUGAGGUUUCGAUUAAGCUCUCUAGCAUUGGUAUAGACAGAGACGGUAUAUUUGAACCUUCUAGACAAGAUUUAAAAUAUCUUCAAAAUUCUGUCGAACAUUUAAAAUCAGCUCAUUAUAAUUUUAUUCGAAAAUUUUUCCAUUUUUUUUAA